UUUAACAUCAAAUUGUGCCUCCCGUCCUGAGCACAUCUGGGAACAAUGCUGGAAAUUCUUUUCGGAUGACAUACUAUAUAGGCAACGUCGUUUGAUGCAAUAUCAAGGAAAAACUUUUAUUUGGAAGACAUUAUCAGCUGCAUUGCGUAGCAAAGGUGAGAUUGUUCUUAAUGUCGCAUCCAGUGGAAUAGCCUCUCUUCUUUUGCCAGGAGGGAGAACAGCUCAUUCCAGAUUUGCAAUACCUAUAAACAUCAACGAGGAUUCAACUUGCAAUAUAAAACAAGGAAGUCAAUUGGCAGGGCUCAUCCGAGCUUGCAAACUUAUUAUCUGGGAUGAGGCUCCAAUGGUUCAUAAGCAUUGUUUUGAAGCGCUUGAUAAAAGCAUGCGGGAUAUAUUGCAUUUAACCAAUCCAGUGAGUUAUACAAAGCCAUUUGGGGGGAAAACAGUUGUUCUUGGAGGUGAUUUUCGUCAAAUACUGCCAGUCAUUCCAAAAGGAUCUCGACAUGACAUUGUACGUGCCACCAUUAAUUCUUCUUAUCUAUGGAAGCAGUGUGCAGUUUUGAGGUUAACUAAAAACAUGAGGUUAGAGAGCACUAAGGAUCCAAAUGAAUAUGAAGAAAUCAGGAAAUUCGCUACAUGGAUUGCAGGCAUCGGUGAUGGUAUGAUUGGAGAACAAGUUCACGGAUGUGCAACAAUUGAAAUUCCAAAUGAUAUCUUGCUCAAAUAUGACGGGGAUCCAAUAGCUGCAAUCGUAAACAGUACGUACCCUGAUUUCUCUAAAAUUGGUAAUGACCCUACAUAUUUGGAGAAUCGAGCAAUAUUAGCUCCCACCCUUGAUGUUGUUGAUUCUAUCAAUCAAUACAUGAUGUCACUCAAUGUACAAGAGUCAAAAACAUAUCUUAGUGCUGACACUGCUUGCCAAUCUGACACCAAUGCGGAUGUCUUAACUGAUUUACACACUCUAGAAUUCUUAAAUACCCUUAAAUGUUCUGGAGUACCAAAUCAUGAAUUGACAUUAAAGGUGGGAACUCCAGUUAUGUUGCUGCGAAAUAUGGAUCACUCAAUGGGUCUGUGUAAUGGAACGAGGUUGGUCAUUACAAGACUUGGAUCUCAUGUGUUAGAAGCGAGGAUACUUACCGGACGAACAGCAGGGCAGAAAGUGCUCAUUCCAAGAUUAAAUUUGACCCCUUCUGAUGUAAGAAUGCCAUUCAAAUUUCAGAGAAGGCAGUUCCCUUUAGUUGUCUCCUAUGCAAUGACUAUCAAUAAGAGUCAAGGACAAUCCUUAUCACAUGUCGGUUUAUUCUUAAAAAACCCGGUUUUCUGUCAUGGUCAACUCUACGUCGCAGUGUCCCGAGUUACUAAACGUGAAGGCCUCAAGAUUUUGAUAACCAACAAUGAUGGAACGCCCUGCAAUUCAACCAUCAAUGUAGUGUAUCCAGAGGUUUUCCAAAAUGUGUAAUUCGAUUUUCAAAUGGGCUUUGUUUACUUAGAUAAAGUUUGUAUUUUCCAGACAUUGAAAUAGCAAAACCUUAGUGAAUAUGUAUCAUUAUUGUACCGUGCAUCGCACGGGUACAAUACUAGACCGCAAUUUCCAUUUUUUGGGUACUUAUAAAGAGCAACACUGCCGAAAAAUUCC